AUGAUACAGGGGCUUUUGACCCUCAACCACGAGAAUUAUGAAGCCCAGCGCUGGCAUGUAUCACUCAUAUACUGGGGCCUAGUUAUUUUCGGUACUGUUAUCAACAUCUGGGGAAGCCGUCUUCUUACGGUGAUGGAAAAAUCAUCGCUGAUCAUCCACAUUCUGGCGUUUAUUGCAAUAUUUGCUGUCAUGUGGGCUUGCUCGCCUACGAAGCACUCAGCCGACUUCGUUUUCACCCUCUUCGAGAACAAUUCCGGUUGGCGCAGCGAAGGCAUAGCAUGGUCUCUAGGCAUGCUAUCGAGCAGCUACGUCCUGGCUGGUUACGACGGAGCGAUCCAUUUCGGCGAGGAAAUGGCCAACCCUGAGGUUGCAACUGCUCUCCACAGCGCGACUGGCUAUCCGAUUAUCGAGAUCUUCCGCAGCAUAACGGGGUCCAAAGAGGCCAGUAGUGCAAUGGUCGCCAUCCUCAUUCUUGCAGCAUGGCUGGCGACCAUUGCUCUGUUAGCGUCUACAGCACGAAUGGUGUGGUCGCUCACUCGUGACAAAGCAUUACCCGGUCAUACAUACCUUGUUGAACUUGAUCGCAAAACGCAGCUACCUAAGCGGGCGAUCCUAGCUACUGGCGUUAUCCUAGUUCUCCUCGGCCUGAUUAAUAUUGGGUCAACGACAGCGUUUAACGCGAUUCUCUCUCUUGCAGUACUAGGACUGCAUGUGUCGUAUGUUGUUCCGAUCGCAUUAAUGCUGCGGCUUCGACUGUUCUCUGUGAUUCCGGUACAUUACGGCCCCUGGAAACUCGGUCGCUCUGGUGUCGCAGUGAACCUGGCGUCGGUGUGCUACCUCCUCUACACGAGUAUUUUCAUGGUCUUCCCGCCGUAUCAGCCGGUUACUGCGCUGAAUAUGAAUUAUUCAUCGCUGAUUUUUGGUGUGACCCUCAAACCUCUCGUGCCGAAAAUAUCGGAGCGAUCAAGUCAUCUCCAUGCCCAACCAAGGACAACCGCCGCGAAGCAGGUUGAAGACGCGCACCGGCUGCCUGCGCUGCAAACAGAGGAGCAUCAGACGUGUCAGGGAAAUUUCGAGAGAGCGCCAGCCGUGAGCACCGUCAAGGUAUCCGAACCCACAAUCGCGCAACUUGUGAUUACGCCGAGCGAGCCUGCGCCGACUAUCUCCGAUACUCGAGAUGCGAGGUCGCUGUAUAUGGCGACCCAAGCUGCCGACUUUCGGGCCUUUGAAGAUCCUGGAGCGAGUCACACAGAUUAUGGCGGCAAGCCAAGGUAUCAAAGUCUCGCGGACGACAGUAAUGAAAGUAAUGAAUCCCUUGACUUGCUGUCGUCAGUUGAGACACUGAAACCCAGAUUGGAAAGUACUACAGGGCAGCUGAUGGAUUGGCCUGACUUAUAUCUGCCUCUAACGCUGUCACUUGAAGACGAAGAUACGGAAAUAACGAAACACUACUUUUCGAGCGUGUGUCGGAUUCAGUCCUGCAUCGAUUCUAGCAACAAUUUCUUCCGUGAAGAAAUCGGGAGUAUGAUGGCCUCUAGUCCGCUUAUCUACCAUUGUGUUCUCUCUAUGUCAGCCGCACAUGUUGCCAACAUACGAGGCAACUUGCGAACCACCGCGCUGGACCACAGGACCAAAGCGAUAACUUGCUUGAAGGUGGGAAUAAUGAAGAUGAAAAAAGAGAAAGAUCUUCGAAGUUGCUCCUCAGUUGAUCACUCAACAGAAGCACUACUCGGGAGUAUUCUUCUAGGAAUGACUGAUGGUUGGCACAAUCCAUCAUUUCUCGGGUCUAUCCAUUUACAUGGCGCGAGAGUCUUGUUCAAAAGGUGGAUAUCAGGAAUCGAUAACGGCACGGGCACAUCACUUGCUGUCGCAUUCCCCUCUCGCAUAGGAAGUGCUAUAGUGGGAAUCAUGGCCUAUUGGGAGGCAAUGUCAUCCUUUCUCACAAACCAAUCUCUGGACGCAAUUUCCUACUUCGAGAAUGUUUGCAACCAGGGCCCGACAACGAUAAUUCAGCCUACGCCGUGGACGGGCAUCGGCACGGCAUUAUUUGUAUACUUGGCCAAGGUAGGCACUUUGGCCAGGCAAAGGACAUUGGUCAAAAAUCUUUCUCUCGUGGGAAAAUCCGAAGAGAUCCAAAAUCAGCUCGAGGCUGACCUUGUGGAAUCGGCUCGGGAUACUGAGGCUGCGCUUUUAGCAUUCCAAGCGCCAAGCAAGGACCGUGUAGAAGAUACCGGUGACCCGUCGACUCCCAUCAGGCACUUACAACAACUAGCCCACGUAUACAGACUCUCUGCCUUACUUGAACUCUACAGAAACUUCCCAGUGCUCCUUAACAGCCAGGUGGGAGCGUUAUCGGCAGAACCUGCUCCGGCGCACAAAUUACUAGCGCUCACUACUGCGGUACUGACAACAAUCGCCACAAUUCCGCAAACAUCAGGUGUCAACAGUCUACUUACCCUUCCGCUCCUUAUCGCCGGCAGCACACUACAAUCAACAAUACAGUCAACACCUAGGAAAUGCCGAGAGGGAUCAUGGGCCAUUCUUUCAGAUGAUAUUAUUUCCCUAUCUAGUCAGGAUGAUGUUCAGCAAUACUGGCGUAAUUUCGUCAGAGGUCGAUUACAGGCAAUCAGGGAUUAUGUUGGUAUAGCGACAGUUUCCUGGGCAAUCGAAAUCGUUGAGAAGGUGUGGACCCGAUGUGAUACGCAGGUUUUGUCGCUGCCUACGGAGUUUGUUCAGUGGAUUGAUGUUAUGGUGGAUGAGAAACUGGAAGCGAUUUUCGGGUGA